AUGACCCGUGCUAAGGACGACACAGCGCAAGGAACUCGUUCCGAUACGACAUCAAUGGACAGUCAAUGCCAGCCUGCCGAUAGAACGAUCAAAACCCAUUCGCGCUUCUCGAGCCUUUACACCUGGCUAGGGUUCAAGAAAGGAUACAAUGUACCUUUAUUCUUCAUCCUUGCAGGUGCCAUGUUCGGCUUCAGCCUGGCGAGACUACAAUAUCUUGAUGUGGGCGGCAAGUUUCGACAAGGCUCUGCCCCUGGAGAAUGGUACUGGUAUCAAACAGGAUCUCGACGGGUGGGGAUAAUCUUGCACCUGGCAGGAGUGAUUCCUGCUGGACUGUUGAUGGUGUUCCAAUUUAUACCCAUCAUUCGCCAUCGAGCGUUGCUGUUUCAUCGUAUCAAUGGCUAUCUGGUCAUUCUGCUUCUCCUGGUCGGGAACGUUGGUGCCCUGAUGAUCACUCGCCGAGCGUUUGGUGGUGACUUGUCCACACAAGGGGCUGCUGGCUUACUUGUGAUAUAUACCACGACGGGUAUGGCGCUUGCAUAUUACAAUGUCAAAAUGCUGCAAAUUGACCAGCAUCGAGCUUGGAUGCUCCGAACGAUGAUUAUGAUGGGCGUCAUCAUCACCACCCGCAUCAUCAUGAUCAUUACUGCACAGAUUACGACAGCGAUUGGAUCGUACAAUGUCAUCAUGACCUGUGGGGAGUUGGCAACGAUGCACGGCCCCUCAUAUCUCACCGAGAACUAUGCAGACUGCUUGUUAUCAAACUCGACGGCUUUAGAGAAUGGACUUCGCGUGGUUCAUGUCAACUUUGGUGAUCGGAAGGAGGAGAUUGGCGCCGCAUUAAGAAUUGGAUUCGGGAUGGCGAUGUGGAUUUCAAUAUUUCUUCAUGGAGCUGGGGCGGAGGUCUACUUAGCUUUUACACCACGCGAGUCACAGAGGUUGAGAAUGGUGUCUUAUGAGAAGCAGCUUGAAGCAGGAAUGAAGAAUCCUGGAUCUGCGGGCCUGGUUAUGGAGAAGUUUGGAGACGCUGAUGAGUGGAGGGCACCAUGA